ACAGAGGGACAAAAAGCACUACUACUACUACAGUUCACCUUUACGCUAGCUGUUAGCUUCCAGCUGUAACAUGGCAUCGUUUAUGAUCAAACCUGCUCACCUCCGCUGUGUUUUAAGGACAGGCAGGCUCAUAAACGAGCACCGAACGAGAAACACACUGUGUGCAGUCAGAAGUUAUGCCACUGAAGGAGACAACAGGAUCCCCAAAAUAUACACAAAAACUGGAGACAAAGGUUUCUCGAGCACAUUCACAGGAGAAAGGAGGCCAAAGGAAGAUCAUAUUUUUGAAGCCUUGGGAAAUACAGACGAGCUGUCAUCAGCUAUAGGCUUGGCCAGGGAGUUUUGCGUGGACAAAGGACACACGUUCACAGAUCAGCUGGACAAGAUACAGUGCAUUUUACAAGACGUGGGCUCCAACAUUGCCACCCCUCGAUCAUCUGCGAGAGAAAGUCACACGAAGAGAACAAAAUUUACUGCCGCGCCAAUCGCAGACCUGGAAACCUGGAUUGAUAAAUUUACAGCAGAACUCCCUCCGCUGACCAACUUCAUUUUACCUUCUGGAGGGAAGAGCAGCGCAGCUUUGCACUUAGCUCGGACUGUGUGUCGGAGAGCAGAACGCAGUGUUGCUCCGAUUGUACGGUCAGGGGAGGCAGAUCCAGAUGUGGCAAAGUUUUUGAACAGAUUGAGCGACUACCUGUUCACACUGGCAAGAUACGCGGCCAUGAAAGAAGGCAACGAGGAGAAAAUCUACAAAAGACCACAAUGACUAGAUUCUCACAUGAGGAAUAACACAAGAGCCUAAUUUGUUUUUUUGAUGAGGGUUGUUGUUGGUGAUAAAUAUUUCAUUUUUGAUAUUCAAGAACUGUAUAUAUCAAUAAAACUGAAAAGAUCCAA